UUUCCAGCGUCAUCCGAUUCUAAAUUCUACUUUCGAAACUACAAAAAUAAUGAUGUCGUAGAUUUCAUAUUGACUCUUUUGGUUGAAAAUAUCAAGAUGGAUGUUGAUAAUGAGCUGGAGGGUAAACUGCUUCAGCAGUUCAGCUCUAUGGGAACAACUGAUAAAGAAGUUUUGAUCUCGGAAUUUCAGAAAUUACUAGAACCAAACCAAUUGAAUCCAGCAGGAUGUGCGUUUUUUCUUGAUAUGAAUAACUGGAAUUUACAGGCAGCUAUAUGCUCAUACUAUGAUUAUGACCAGCCAACAGUGCAGCUGCAGGUUCCAUGUAUGAAGUUUAUUAAGGAUGUUACAAUUGGGGAGGGGGAGGCUGUUCCUCCUAACACCACAUUUACCAAAACAUGGAGAAUACAAAACUCAGGAGAUGACAGAUGGCCGCCAGGCUGUAAUCUACGGUACUGUACAGGGGACAAUUUAAGUAACACAGAUCGGGCCAUUGUGGAUGCUUUACUACCUGGACAGGUAACAGAUGUAAGUGUGGAAAUGCACAGUCCCUCCAAUACAGGUGUUUACCAGAGUCAGUGGAGGUUAUCCACACCCACAGGAAUGUUUUUUGGAGAUGUGAUAUGGGUGAUUAUUCAGGUAGAUGUUGGAGGAUUAUUAGAUAUAACACAAAAAAUGUCCAAAUUUGGAACAGACUCACAAGGGCAUUCUAGUCAUGCUCAGCCUUUACCAAAUCCUUUUGCUUCCCCUGUGAAAAGUAACAUUAGUGAAAUCCCCAGACCAAGUUUUUCUCCACAACACUUAUCAUUCCCUGGAAGUCCUGUCAGUAAUAUGUCUCCUAAUUCGUCGAUGACCGCACAGUCAGGAAGUCCGUUUGCUGCACAACUCAGUCCAGCUUCUACCAUGGCAGGAAGUCCGUAUUCUCAACAGAUGACUUCUUCAGUCACAAAUAGUUUUUCUGCUGCAUGCUCACUCUUUCAGACACAACCAGAUAAAUCCUGUGAUCUCCAAGAUUCCACAUCUGAAUUAGACAUUUCUUAGCAUUGACUCAAUGAAUUUCUUACAAGUGUAAGUGACACUGUGACUCGCACAGAAAAUGGGACUCAAUGACUACACCACAAAGACAGGACUUAUUUCAGUGUCUACAUGAUAGAUUAUAUUCUGUAUUUAUGGAAAUGAUGAUGGUAAGUGUAAAAAGUCUGAACAUAUCAACGAUAGGUAUCAAAAACAAGUUGAAUUUCUCCAUUAAUUGUUAUAUGUUUAUUGGGAAAUGUAAGAGUUUGUAAUUUCUAAACCUACAGUGUCAGUAUUUUAUACAAUGUUCAGUUUUCAACCAGAACUAAUAGGGGCUUUUAACCAGAAUAAAAUGUUUUAUUUUGUUUUACAUAAUAAUCUUGUGGAUCCUGGCUUUUUGUAUUUAAGUACACAAUACAUUGUAUAAAUGCAUGAAAAUGAAACCUUUGUUGGAUUUUGAUAAAGAAAUAAAAGCUUCUUGACCGAGAAGCAAAAUUGUUAA